AUGGCGCUGACCGCCUCCUCCCCAGCCCAAGCCAACCUGCCUCGAUCUGGGCUCGGGCCGCCGCGGCGGAAGACGCGCAGCGUCAGUGCAGCCACUGACUCAGUCAAGCAGGCCGGCCGAUCCGCCCCGCGGCAAGACCCGCUGCGCCGUCCGCCAGCCGACAAGUCUGCGGUGCCGUCGUACGCCCGUCCAACGCGCAGCAGCGCGAUGCGCAAGGACGUGGUUGACGUGUCGUCGCGUCGCCGACCCGUGGACAAGCUCCGCGCCGAGUUUGAGGCGCGGGAAGGCGGCGCUCAGGCGCUUGGCUUGAGGCGCGGGAAGGCGACGCCUUCCCAGCCCGAGGUGCCAGUCGGCAAGCUGGUCGAUCUCAACGAGAACGUUCCCCCGCCCGCGCCGCCCACCCCUCCCGAGGAGCGCCUCGAGCUGCCCGCUCCGGACGCCGGCCUCGCGGGAGCCAUAGAGAGGGCUCAGGCGGCGGCGGCGGCGAGCGUGGGCGGAGCCUCGUCGCCCGAGGCAGCCGCGGGCGCGGGCCUGGACGUCUCCAUCGUCUCGCCGCUAAUCAAGUUCACCCCUCCCGUGCCCAAGCCCUCCGCCUCCCCCGCCGUCCGCUCGUCGCGCGGCCGCUACUCGCGCGGCGCUGAGCGGAACGGCUCGAGAAAGUCGGGGGCGGCGAUGCGCCUCUCCUCCUGCUCCUUCUUCGGCGGCCGCCCGCCCGCCUCCGCCGAUGAGCCCGCGUCCCUAGCCCGCGCCUCCUCCUCCCCCGCCGUCUGCGGCGCCGGCCCCACCCUGCCCCACGGCUCCGUCUUCGGAGGCAUCGGAGGCUGCCCGGAGGACGCAGCGGCGCCCGCGCCCAGCGGCGUCCGCGCCUCGCCUCGCCUCCUCUCGCUCGACCCUGCGGUCAAGGCUGCCGCCUCGGAGGCGGCGAAGGCGAAGGCGCUCUUCGAGGGGCUCGAGGGGGCCGCCGUCUCCAUCGCCUCCGCCGCCUCCGCCUCCGCCUCCGCCGCCUCCGCCUCCGCCGCCUCCGCCUCCACCUCCGCCUCCGCCUCCGCCUCCGCCUCCGCCUCCGCCUCCGCCUCCGCCUCCGCCUCCGCCUCCGCCUCCGCCUCCGCCUCCGCCUCCGCGUCGCGCGCCGCGCCGCCGCCCCUCGCCGCGGGCGUGGCCGCGUCGGCUCCUCCAUCACAGCAGGCGUGGCAGACGUCGGGGCAGCGAGUGCCCAAGCGACGGUCGGCACGCCUCUCCGGCCUCCCAGCAGCGCGGCCCGUGGAGCGGAGCCCACUGGCGCAGCCGCCGGCGCAGCCGCCGCAGCGAAGCGACCCCUUCCCCGCUGCCGCCGGCUGCGGCGCCGCCAUCGCUGAGGAGCCACUCAUUCAAUUUGGGAGUGGCACCGCGACGGCGGCGACGGCGGAGGCCGCGCGCUCGCCUUGCGCUUCUCCUCCUCGCAAGGCGCCGCGCCUCGAGAACCACGCGACGGCGGCAGGUGUGGCCUGGUCGCAGGGCGGGGCCUCCCCGCUGCUCGUGCCCGGCGCUGGCUCCCCGCUCCUCGCUGGCUCCCCGCUGCUGCUCUCGGUCUCUGAGCCUGAGGCUCAGCCUCUGGCGCUUCCCGCAGCUGCCCAGCCGGCGCCCGCCGCCGCCGAGUCUGCGGCCGAGCCACGUGCGGCUGCGGCGCCGUCCGCUGCCAGAGCGGCGCCGCGCCGCUCACCUCGCCGCUCGCUCGCCGCGGCCGCUAUAGCACGCGUCGAGUCUGCAACCGAGCCGGCGGCGCCGGAGGAGGAGGCGGAGCCGAUGGAGGUGGAGGAGGCGGAGCCAAUGCUGACGGAGGAGACGCCGUCGCAGCCGCCGCAGCAGGUGGCCUCCUCCUCCGCGGCGACGGCGCGGCUCGGCACCGGUGGCGAGGGGGCGCCGCCGCGCUCUUCGCCGCGCCGCUCGCCGCGCCGCUCCCUCGGAGGUGGGUCGCUGGGGCGCGGUUCCUGCUCGGGCGGCGGGGACCCGUUCGGCGGCUCCAAGCUGGCGCGCUCGCCGGUCGACGAGCAGAGGCGGAGGAGGCGCAGCCGAGGCGUCUCGCGGCGGCGGCGGCUCGCGGACGUCUGGUUUGCCGCGCCGCGCGCGUCGGCGGCGGCGGCCUUUGGCUCGGUGGCGUCGGUCUGCGAGAUGCUCGGCGGCGUGGGCGAGGACAGGCCGUGGGAGAAGCGGGUCGCGGCCAUCAAGAGCUUGCCCCGCUUGCUCACGGAGGGCGCCGCCGCCGGCUCCCUCGACGCAAACCUAAAGGCGCUCGGCAAGCCCCUCGCGACUCAGCUCGCAGACCUUCGCUCCUCGGUCGUCUCCACCCUCUGCACCACCCUCUGCACCCUCGCCGCCGAGCGCGGCGACGCCCUCGCGCCGCUCGUGCCCGUGCUGCUGCCUGCAUUGCUCCGGAAUCAUUGCGUCUCCAAGGCGCCAAUCUCCAAGCCGUCGGUGCAGGCGGCCGGAGCGAGCGCGGUGCUUCUCGCCACGGUCGGCUCGCCGCACCACCAGACGCGCCGCGGCGUCGCCUCGCUUCUCGGCGCCGCAUGUGCCUCCGCGCUCGAGCUUCCCCCGCCGCAGGCCGCCGCCUUCGCGAGUGCGAUCCGCGCCCUCGUCUGCGACACCGACGCCACGGUCCGCGCCACGGCGGCGUCCGCGUACUGGGAGCUGCACCGGCGCUCCGUGGCGGAUGCGGACGCGAUCCUGCCCCAGGUGCAGCCACCACAGCAAAAGCUGAUCCAGCGCUCCAAGCCGGCGGCCAAGUAG